ACUUGGAGAGGAUCGGAUUUGGAGCCUCCCUUUGCGGACAACAUCGGAUUAACAAGCCUCCCGUCGAAUCGGAAGCCCCGUCCCUUCGGAGGCUUCUUCCAAGGGAAUCUCUCCCCGAGUUUGGACCCCCUUGGACAAGACUUUCGGGCACUGGCUCCCAAGCGUCCCUCCUUCCCUUCUUCUUCGUGUCCCAUUAAGGGGCGACCCAGCGCUACCCGCCACUGCUUCGUUUUCAGUUUCCGGCGUGGAGUUUAUGCUUCGAGGACGAAACGGGCCCGCCAGUGUCUCCUGCGAGCCCCGCCAUGUCGACGGCGAUCACCGCGGCGGAGAAAGUGGACGGCUUCACCCGGAGGUCGGUGCGCAAGGCUCAGAAGCAGAAGCGGUCGCAGGGCUCGUCGCAGUUCCGCUGCCAGAGCAGCCAAGUGGAGCUCUUCCCGCUGCCCCAGCUCAAAGGUGAAUUUUCCCCGGAUCCACGAGGCGUCGCGGCGCGCUUGGCCUGGGGCUACAGAUGCUACUUCAAAUGAACAACAACUCCUCUUCUGUCAGAAAUUACAGCAGUGCUGUGUAUUAUUUGAUUUCAUGGACUCUGUCUCUGAUUUAAGGAGCAAAGAAAUUAAAAGAGCAACACUGAAUGAACUAGUGGAAUAUGUUUCUACAAAUCGUGGUGUGAUUACUGAAUCAGCAUAUUCAGAAAUUGUAAAAAUGAUUAGCUCUAAUAUCUUUAGAACACUUCCUCCGAGUGAAAAUCCUGAUUUCGAUCCAGAAGAGGAUGAGCCUACAUUAGAAGCUUCUUGGCCACAUAUACAGCUGGUGUAUGAAUUUUUACUACGAUUUUUAGAAAGUCCUGAUUUCCAACCUAGCAUUGCGAAACGACAUAUUGACCAGAAAUUUGUACAGCAGCUGUUGGAGCUUUUUGACAGUGAAGAUCCACGAGAACGUGACUUUCUAAAAACAGUACUUCAUCGAAUUUAUGGCAAAUUCCUUGGAUUAAGAGCAUUCAUCAGGAAACAAAUCAACAAUAUUUUUCUCAGGUUUAUAUAUGAAACAGAACAUUUCAAUGGUGUUGCUGAGCUACUUGAGAUACUUGGAAGUAUUAUCAAUGGUUUUGCAUUGCCACUGAAAGCUGAACAUAAACAAUUCCUUCUGAAGAUUCUUAUUCCCAUGCAUACUUCAAAGGGAUUAGCUUUAUUUCACGCACAGCUGGCGUACUGUGUUGUUCAGUUCUUGGAAAAAGAUAUGGCAUUAACAGAGCCGGUUAUCAGAGGAUUGCUGAAAUUUUGGCCAAAAAUAUGCAGCCAGAAAGAGGUCAUGUUUUUAGGUGAAAUCGAAGAAGUUCUGGAUGUAAUAGAACCGACACAGUUCAAAAAAAUACAAGAGCCUCUUUUCAAACAAAUAGCAAAGUGUGUGUCAAGUUCACAUUUUCAGAUUGCAGAAAGGGCUCUGUACUUUUGGAAUAAUGAAUACAUUCUUGGUCUAAUUGAAGAGAACAUUGAUACAAUUUUGCCAAUUAUGUUUGGCAAUUUAUAUAAGAUCUCCAAAGAACACUGGAAUCCGACCAUUGUAGCAUUAGUAUAUAAUGUGCUGAAAACACUGAUGGAGAUGAAUGGGAAACUAUUUGAUGAACUCACAAGCACUUACAAAGCAGAAAGACAAAGAGAGAAGAAGAAAGAAUUAGAACGUGAAGAACUUUGGCAAAAGCUAGAAGAACUCAGGCUCACCAGAACUUUGUCUAACCAGUCAAGUAAUACCUCCUCUUCUCUGACAAAUAUACCAAAUGAUAGUGCCAAGUUCAUUGUACUGUAUUCUAUGAACAGAGGAGUAGGCAAACCAAAAUGGGCACUUGGCACCAUAUCCACCCAAAUCUGGCAACAUAUUGUGUCAUAGCAAAAGCACUUAAGACUUGUAUAUCACUUCACAGUGCUUUACAGCCCCCUCUAAGCAGUUUACAGAGUCAGC